UUCGACACUUGAUUCUGCACGCCGAAGUGACGAGCUAAUAGUUAUCGCUUGUAAAAAUUGAGCUUCUUCGGUGAAUCUCCGUAGUGUAUUCUAGUUGAGUGUGAGUUUUGUUUAGUUUUCUGGUUGUUUUGUUUGUGGAGACGUUGCUUGGACUGCACAUUUAGUUUUACGGCUGCUGCUGAUUAUUGGUAGUCUGAGCUCUGUUAGUGAAGGUAGGAUAGCAAAAUGUGUUGGAACUGUAGGCUGAAAUACCCUCGGGGAAUGAGCAUAGUCACCUGUAUUCUUUUAUACGUAGCUCUCAUCGGUCUUCUCAUAGCUUUUUUCCAGCCAGCGUGGAUAGUCAUACCAAAUGAGACGAAAUACGACUGUAUGAAUCCAAAUAGAAAUACGACCAGGGUCCUGACAACCACUGACAAAGGGUCAUGUGGUCUAUCCGGAAUGUGUUACCCGAUGGACCACGUCCAGAAGGAGGAGAAUAUGACAUGUUAUCCCAACAUGCAGGAGGAGAAAUGUAUCUGGUAUGAUUCUUUGGGGAAAAUCGGCAACAUUUACGACCAGAUAUGUACGCUGCUCUUCCUGGUUGGUCUGGUUCUGUGUGUCAUUGCCUGGUUCUUCACCAUGAUUGGCUGCUGUUCACUCACAUGCUGCUGUUGUAACCUUUACACCUUCAUCGCUAUCACGCUUACUGCGGGAGCCACGGCGAUUCUAGUUGCGGUUUUACUGUGGCUAGGAAUGAUGGGAGAGUACGACAGAUUCGAUCAAUCCUGUGCUAAUGUCUUCUGUAAGGAAUUAGGACCAUUCAACUUGGGAAGCUGCCAAAUCGGCUGGUCGGGAUACCUCGGAUUUGCAUCUUGGUUGCUCCUGGUUAUAUCAUGCUUCGUUACAUCUUGCACGGCGAAUCAUUACGGCAAAAUCAUCGAGGAAGAAAAAAUUCCUCCGAAAAAUCUGGUGAACCCUUACGAGAAAAAGGGAACUUUGUCCCAGGACAAUGCAUUUUACUUCAGGGAAAAUCGGUCCGCCAGGGAAAAUCGAUCUGUCAGGGAAAAUCGUUCCGCCAGAGCUUGAACUCUGUAGAAACACUAGAUUAUGAUGUGUUUGUUAUUUUGGAUUUUUGUGGGACACAAGAAAUGAAGAAACACCAAUUUUCUAAGAACUUAGUUAUAUGAGAAUUUGUACUUGAUAUUGAAACGGUAAAGAUUAUGAUCGAAUCAUACAUGCUUAAUAACUCGAAUGGGUUUAACUCCAGCAUUAAAAUUUCUUUAAAAAUGAGAUGAAUGAUACUUAAAUAAAUCUCACUUUUAAGUGAACAUUCUAGCAUGCACCCAGACAUUCCAAGAUGCAAAUUUUGCCAAAGAAAAGCCUAAUAAUGGCAGCAUUUAAAAAAAGCAUGUAUUUACAUAAUUAAAGCUCUUUCAGUGUUAUAAAGCCUUUGUUUCA